CUGCGCGUCCUGGCCUGUCAGUAGCAGCCGGAUGGAAACGUAGGCAAGUGAAUCUGGUGAGGUCAUGUAUUUUUAAGCUGCACAACGGAAUAAACCAUCCUUUCGUCGGCGGCACAAACAAAGUACCGUCCGCCGCUCCGGAACGAACGUCUCGCCGCCGAUCGGACCGCGGGGCGAUCGCUGUAGUUUGCUCCGGCGACGAGAGAGGACAUUUUUGGAUGCACAGAAAGCCGUGAUUGAAGAUUUCGCCAUGAACAAAAACAAGAGAGAGAGGGAGUUCUACAGCCUCGACGUUGGAGAUUCGACGUUCACAGUGCUGAAGCGAUACCAGAAUCUGAGACCCAUCGGCUCUGGAGCACAAGGAAUCGUCUGCUCCGCUUAUGACCAAAUCCUUGAACGAAAUGUUGCCAUCAAGAAGCUGAGUCGGCCGUUUCAAAAUCAAACCCAUGCCAAGAGGGCGUACAGAGAGCUCGUCCUAAUGAAAUGUGUCAAUCACAAAAAUAUCAUCGGCCUAUUAAAUGUAUUUACCCCACAAAAAUCAUUUGAAGAAUUUCAAGACGUAUACUUGGUGAUGGAGCUGAUGGAUGCCAACCUGUGCCAGGUCAUUCAGAUGGAACUGGACCACGAGAGGCUGUCCUAUCUGCUCUAUCAGAUGUUGUGUGGCAUCAAACACCUCCACAAUGCCGGCAUCAUUCAUAGGGACCUCAAGCCCAGUAAUAUAGUCGUCAAGUCAGAUUGUACACUGAAGAUUCUGGACUUUGGCCUGGCUCGGACGGCAGCCACCGGCCUCCUGAUGACGCCGUAUGUGGUCACCCGUUACUACAGAGCACCCGAGGUUAUCCUGGGCAUGGGCUAUCAAUCCAAUGUGGACGUGUGGUCAGUGGGCUGCAUAGUGGCCGAGAUGAUCAGGGGAAGUGUGUUGUUCCCCGGCACUGAUCACAUUGACCAGUGGAACAAGGUGAUUGAACAGUUAGGCACUCCAUCUCAGGACUUCCUCAUGAAGCUGAACCAGUCAGUAAGAACAUACGUAGAAAACAGGCCACGCUAUGCCGGAUACACCUUCGAGAAACUCUUCCCCGAUGUGCUAUUCCCAGCCGACUCCGAUCACAACAAACUGAAAGCGAGCCAAGCUAGAGAUCUCUUAUCCAAGAUGUUAGUGAUCGAUGCCUCCAAACGAAUCUCUGUCGACGAGGCCCUGCAGCACCCCUAUAUUAAUGUUUGGUAUGACCCGGCAGAAGUGGAAGCGCCCCCUCCAAAGUUCGCAGACAAACAGCUGGAUGAGAGGGAGCAUACCGUGGAAGAGUGGAAAGAGCUAAUCUAUAAGGAAGUGAGCGAAUGGGAGGAGUGGAAAAGAAAUGGAGUGAUAAGAGGCCAGCCACCUCCUUUAGGUGCAGCAGUGAUCGACAGCCCCCCUCAGCCCACGUCCUCCUCUUCUUCAGCCAAUGAUGUCUCGUCCAUGUCCACAGAACCCACUGACCCUUGCAGUGACCCCACCCUGACCUCUGAAACAGACAGCAGUUUGGAAAGCCAUACCUCUCUGGGUGCACUGGCCUGCUGCAGAUAACGGACACAUACUAUACACAUACACACAAAGUCACUCACACACACACACACACACACACACACACACACACACACACACACACACACACACACACACACACACACACACACACACACACACACACACACACACAAGCAAACCUUUCCUCAUCGCGUGUGAUGGGAAAGGGUUUUGGCCAAUGAGACUUCUCAUGUUAGUUUGUAGAGCUGCGCUUUUUAAUGUACAGUUUGUUUUUAUUUCCCCUCCCUCUAGACUGCUGUAAAUGACUGGUUUGAAAUUGUAUCAUUAAUACUGUAUUUUUGCUGCAAAGAAUCAGAGUAUGUUUUGAUGUGAAUCUGUGAUGUAUGUUAUGAAAGAGAGGGAUUUGGGUGCGCUUUACAUAUUGCUGUUUUUUUUAGCUACUGCUACUGAUGUUAGCACUGCAAUAUUAUGUUGAGUAUAUUUUGUUUAUUUGGGAUUUUUGUAUUCUUUUUGGGACGUUUUGAAUGAAUCUACACCAAUUCUCUCUUUAAAAGUAGACUGGAGCACAUUUUAAUCUUGGAUCCUAAUGCAAAUAGUUGAUGUUACUUUGACAUAGGUCCUCAUCUUUCUUGUAGAAAGCAUCCUAAGUUAACUUAUUUCCUAGUACUAUGUCACAUUUGAUUGUGUGUAUCUUGACAAGAGGUCAAAUGCUCUGUUGCCCUGACACUUAAUUUCUUUUCUUUUUUUACGAUAGCAUACUGUAAACUGACUGUAUUUUAACUUAUUUAUUUACUUAAGUGGGAUUUGUUGGUGAUGGUCUGUUGAAUGAGGACGAACAGGGUGAAUGUAGGUGAAUAGAAAUGUGGCAUUGUGAGGAGCCAAUGAUUACCUUUAGCACUGUAACAACUUAGUAUAGGCCACUCUCCACUGGCUAGAAUGAGUGAGCUGUAUUCGGGGACUGUCACUAAAUUAGCCACUCUGCCCUUUUGGCAGGUUCUUUCAACAUUAUUUACAGCUGUGUGAUAUUUAAGAUAUUUCAUUUAAGUGCCCUUAUCUCAGUUUAGUGAUUUUCAAGACCUCUCCUUGGCAGAUGCUCCUCUCCUCUGUGGUGCGUCUUUUCUGAGUUCUACCUCACACGCACACACACACACACACACACACACACACACUCAAACACAUUUUUGAAGAUACAGUAUGUAUAUCAUGGAGCACAUCAUUCGAAAGAAAUGUGAAAAAAGUUUUUUCUGCAUUUUGUUUUAUUUAUUUAUUUAUCUCAAGCUAGGAGGCAUCUAUUGUAUGUUAUGUACAUUUCAUUCAGAAGUACUAUUUAUAUGCAUUUUUGUUUUCAUUUUUGUUGGUUUUCUGUGCAAUAUUAUUCAUAGAUUAGUAAACUUGGUAAUUGAUCUGUACAUUUUAAUGUAGAUGUUUGCAUUUUUCUGAAAGUCGGGAAACAGGAAUUUCCUACCUGCCGUGGUUCCUUUGGAUGUAUUUGAUGGCUCAAAUUGCCCUUUUCAUGGUUGGGCACCCCAGGCAGUAACCCUUAGCAUUCAGCUCCCAGAAUGUUCUUUGGGGAUUGUGACGCAUGUCCUGACCCCUCUGGAUCACAUUUCAAUUGAUUCUUGUUUUUUCCCCCCUCCAUCUUCUCAAAAAUAGAAAAAUUAGAUAGAUAGACUACGCAUGAGUUUUCUCUGAGCAAAUCUGGUUUUAGUGCAGGUACAUUAAGUGGGAAGAAAGGAAAGCAAUUCAGCACAGCGGGCAUGAUACUGUAGUCCUCUGAUGACUUGGCCAAAUACUGAGAGCAAUGAGUAAAUCUGUUGUGUGUGUGUGUUAUGGUAAGGCCAGACGUGAAUUUUAGCCUUUGGAUCGGAAAUUGCCUCACUAAAAGACCAAUUAUAUACAUCCAAAAUGGAAACUGUCUACAGUACGUACAACUCCAGCAAAUAAACAAUAUGAAUUUUAAUGUC